AUAGUGGUAAUCCGUCGUUUCAACGUGACACAAUGAAAUCGCGGUCAACUGCGAUGUCAGCGUAACCGUAAUCGUACGCGGUUACGAAAAUGUGAUUACUCUUUUCCUUGUGCAGUACUUAAACGCUUGGAGUGCAUGCUUUCUAAAAUUUACUUGUUGGGCAUGAAUGGACAGGUGCAGCCCUCCAGGGAGAGGUUAGGGGGUUUUAGUAACAGUACCAUUGGGCUGUUCUCUGGGAUGAUUGCUACGGAUCGUGUUUCAAACAUUCAAUUGUCUGCCAGCAGCAAUGGAAUACCCAUGGAUGAUUCUAAUGCUACUACGGAAGUUGAUAGUAAAGUCAAAACAAAGCUAUUGUCUAUGUGGAAUAAUGUAAAAUAUGGCUGGACCAUCAAGGUGGUGAAACCAAAUUUCUCAAAAGAAUCUCCAGUAUAUUUACUUGGCAAAAUUUAUCGUAAGAAACCAGAAGAGUUUUUAGAGAAAACUUCUGAGGCAGAGAAAGCAUUAGACACUGGAAGUGAGAUAUCUCUAGCAAUGGAUGCUAUUAGCUUUGAGGAUGGUAUAGAGGAAUUUAAGAAGGAUUUUGCAUCACGUCUCUGGUUAACAUAUAGAAGAGAAUUUCCUAUAUUGAAUGGUUCUACAUUUACUACUGAUUGUGGCUGGGGAUGUAUGCUACGUAGUGGCCAAAUGAUGUUGGCACAGGCAUUAGUCUGUCACUUUCUUGGAAGAGAAUGGCGGUGGCAUCCAGACCAACCAAUGAAGACAGAACAACAAAAACUGGAUGAAUAUAAUCAUAGAUUAAUUAUUAAAUCAUUUGGAGAUCUACCAGAACGUACAUCUCCAUUUUCUAUACAUACCCUUGUUUCUUUGGGAGCUCUAUGGGGAAAACGUGCAGGAGAUUGGUAUGGACCCUCCUCUGUUGCUCAUCUGUUGAACCAAGCAGUAGAACGGGCAGCAGAACGUGAUCCAGUAUUCAGUAACUUGGCUGUUUAUGUUGCUCAAGAUUGUACAGUUUAUCUACAGGAUAUAGAGAAUGUAUGUCAAAUGUCAAAUGGCAAGUGGAAAUCUCUCAUACUUUUUGUACCUUUAAGGCUUGGUGCUGACAAAUUAAACCCAGUUUAUGCAUCUUGCUUGACACACUUACUUACAUUAGAUACCUGUAUCGGAGUUAUUGGCGGUCGGCCACGGCACUCGCUUUAUUUUAUUGGUUUCCAGGAAGAUAAAUUAAUUAAUUUAGACCCACAUUAUUGUCAAGAAACUGUUGAUGUAUUAAAAGAUAAUUUUCCAUUGACGAGUUUUCAUUGUACUUCACCAAGAAAAAUGUUAAUCUCGAAAAUGGAUCCCAGCUGUUGUGUGGGAUUUUAUUUUCACAACAAAAUGCAAUUUACAAGCUUUAUGGAGGUUGCUCCCUCUUAUUUGGUGCCAGAAGAUGAUAAAGUCGACUAUCCAAUGUUUUUAUUUUGCGAAGGGAGCGGAAGAGAUCUCCGUCAAAAAAUUGAAAUUGCAGAAAACAUAAUUCCUCCUGCUACCUCUUUUACAAGUAAUGAAACGUAUGACGACGAUCUAGACGAGUGCGAAGAAUUUGAACUGUUACAGUGAGAUAUUUAUCACAAACAUUA